ACUCAUUACCCAUAGAGCUUAGCGGCACGUGUUUUUUCUGCAUGUGUCCCGGAUGUAGCAUCACACGAAUUGACUGUCAACAUGCAAGAUGGCCACGCAUCACAGGCAAAAUGCUGCUGGGCGGAGGAAAGUACAGGUAUCUUACGUCAUUAGAGAUGAGGUGGAGAAGUACAACAGAAAUGGGGUGAAUGCUCUCCAACUCGACCCUGCGUUGAACCGCCUCUUCACUGCUGGAAGGGACUCCAUCAUCCGGAUAUGGAGUGUCUACCAGCAUAAACAGGACCCGUAUAUUGCUUCAAUGGAACAUCAUACAGACUGGGUCAAUGACAUAGUUCUUUGUUGCAAUGGGAAAACAUUGAUAUCUGCUUCCUCGGAUACGACAGUUAAAGUAUGGAAUGCGCAUAAAGGCUUUUGCAUGUCAACGUUACGAACACACAAAGACUAUGUGAAAGCCUUAGCCUAUGCUAAGGACAAGGAACUGGUGGCAUCGGCAGGGCUCGACAGACAGAUAUUUCUGUGGGAUGUCAAUACUCUUACAGCACUCACUGCUUCCAACAACACUGUCACCACUUCGUCACUCAGUGGGAACAAAGAUUCAAUCUACAGUCUGGCAAUGAACCAGAUGGGCACAGUGAUAGUGUCUGGAUCCACAGAAAAGGUGCUGAGAGUGUGGGAUCCACGAACAUGUGCAAAACUGAUGAAGCUAAAAGGCCACACAGAUAAUGUCAAGUCGCUGCUUUUGAAUCGGGAUGGCACUCAAUGCCUGUCAGGCAGUUCAGAUGGAACAAUUCGUCUGUGGUCCCUUGGUCAGCAGCGAUGCAUUGCAACGUACCGUGUGCACGAUGAAGGCGUUUGGGCCCUGCAGGUCAAUGAGGCUUUCACGCAUGUCUAUUCUGGAGGUCGAGACAAGAAGAUCUAUUGCACAGACCUGCGCAACCCGGACAUCCGUGUUCUCAUCUGUGAGGAGAAGGCUCCAGUGCUAAAAAUGGAACUGGACAGAUCUGCUGACCCACCUCCUGCUAUCUGGGUCUCCACCACCAAGUCAUCUGUUAAUAAAUGGUCUCUCAAGGGAAUGCACAACUUCAGAUCAUCAGGGGAGUACGACAAUGACUGCAGCACCCCCCUAACGCCACUGUGCACACAGGCAGACCAAGUCAUCAAGGGAGGUGCAAGUAUUAUACAGUGCCACAUUCUGAAUGACAAGCGGCACAUACUUACCAAAGAUACCAACAACAACGUUGCUUUCUGGGAUGUCCUGAAGGCUUGCAAAGGUGAAGACCUAGGCAAAGUGGAGUUUGAUGAGGAGAUUAAAAAGCGUUUCAAGAUGGUCUACGUGCCAAACUGGUUCUCAGUUGAUUUGAAAACUGGGAUGCUCACCAUCACACUGGACGAGAGCGACUGCUUCGCUGCCUGGGUGUCGGCAAAGGACGCGGGUUUCUCAAGCUCUGACGGAUCCGACCCAAAAUUAAACUUAGGUGGACUGCUGCUUCAGGCUCUGCUGGAGUUCUGGCCCAGAACUCGCAUCAAUCCCAUGGAUGAGGAAGAGAACGAAGUGAACCAUGUGAAUGGAGAGCAGGAGAACCGGAUCCAGAAAGGAAAUGGAUACUUCCAGGUGCCGCCACACACACCGGUUAUCUUUGGGGAAGCAGGAGGCAGAACUCUUUUUAGGUUGCUUUGUCGAGAUUCAGGCGGAGAGACUGAGUCCAUGCUGCUGAAUGAGACUGUUCCUCAAUGGGUCAUUGAUAUAACUGUAGAUAAAAACAUGCCCAAGUUCAACAAAAUUCCAUUCUACCUCCAGCCUCAUUCAUCCUCUGGUGCGAAAACGCUGAAAAAGGACCGUCUUUCAGCCAGUGACAUGCUGCAGGUGAGGAAGGUGAUGGAGCACGUGUAUGAGAAGAUCAUCAACCUGGACAACGAGUCUCAGACCACCAGCUCCUCUGCCAACGAUAAGCCCGGGGAGCAGGAAAAGGAGGAGGACAUGGCCAUGCUUGCUGAGGAGAAGAUAGAGCUAAUGUGUCAAGACCAGGUUCUGGAUCCAAACAUGGACCUGCGAACAGUGAAAUAUUUUAUCUGGAAAAGUGGCGGGGACUUGACACUUCACUAUAGGCAGAAGUCCACGUGAAAGUUAAACUUGAACAAUCAAGAUUCUUUUUUUUUUUGUUUUUUUUUGUUUGUUUUUGUUUGUGUCAUUUGCCAAUUGCCACCCAUCAGACAUGUCAUAUCCUGAAGUCCAUUCAUGGUCAAACGGUUGUAGUAUGCACAGGGGUUUACUGAGAUAUUUCCAAGGAUGUGUCCAACGGAACAUAACAAGCUGGAGCAGUCAAGAGACAAGAUGUUUUUUUUUUGUUUUUUUUUAAAAACAGUUUGAAGAAUGGACUAAAACCUUUGGUUGUUUUUUUUUUUUUUUUUACAUCUUUGACUGCUAUGUUUAUUAUAAACUGCUGUGUGUGCGUAGAAUGCUAUAGUACAUUCCAGACCUAUCCUUGUUCUAAAAACACUCCACAGUGUCAACGGUAUCUCUGGUUUUGAACGCCCACGCUCUCUGGAAGCAUCACAGUCGCGCAUCCUCACUUGAACGUAACCUUGACUUCUAAUUAUGACAGAGCUUGAACGUCA